AUGAAAUGGAGCAUGCUGGGUACGGUUGUCUUCUUUCUGCUCUCCGUGGUCAUGACCUUCUGCUUCAUAUGGCAGUACAGGCUGCCAAAGCUGAAGACAGAACUGGUUGUAAACAAAGCAACAGCAGAGGAGAUGUGCCCUCACUUCCCUGAGCCCGUGCCCCUCAAACAUCCCAUCACGUCGCUGGAGGUAGCCUUAGAAAAGAUACAUCUCCUCCUGAAGUCCAGCGUUCACACCACCAAGCUGCCGGCGAUAUCAGCCAUCGUGAUAUUAAAUGACUCUGUUCUGUGGAAUGGAAAUUUUGGCAAGAAGAACGCAAGCGACCCCUCCUCACCUGCACCCGAUGAGUACACAGUGUACAGAAUCGCGAGCGUCUCUAAGAUCUUCCCCACGCUGAUGCUUUACAAGCUGUGGGAGGAUGGCCUGGUGGACUCUCUAGAUGACCCCCUGGAGAAGUACGCAGACAACUUCACCAUCAAGAACCCGCUGGGGACAGGUGGGGGGCCAGCACCCUCUUCAGUCAGGACCCUGGGCAGCCUCUCUCCUGCACUCACCCUGCGCAGGAUGGCCAGCCAGCUCUCUGGUAAGCACGCCAUCUGUUCCAACGACGUGGCGGCCAUCAUUGAUUAA